CGGGCGCUCGAGCUGCGCGGGCUCUCAGCGGGCGCAGCGCAGCGGCAGCAUCCUCCUCCUCCUUCUCCUCGCUUCCUUUUCUUCCCUUCCGCUUCUUUCUCUUCUCCUCCUUCUCCUCCUUCCCCUGCCCCGUCUCCCCUUCUUCUCCGGAGGGCACAGUCCUCAGGUCCGUGAGCGCAGGCAGCGGCCACCGUGGGUGCAUCCAGUACAGACUUUAUUGAUCUGAUCCAAGGUAUCUUGGGACUGCUGGCUGGAAUUAAGAUUCUUCAGCUUGUUGUCUCUGACCGAAGAAACAUUGAUUGGGAAACUACUCAUUCAGAAAAUUAAAAGAUGAGAAAACUGAAGUUUGAAGAAUGCAAAUGACCUACCCAAGUCCCUCCACUAGGAAACGAAAGAAGCCACAACAUAUUAUUAACCCUUUGAGAAUACAACAUAACGAAUUUUGCCAUUUUACUACUUCCUUGAAUAGAAGAGGUCACAGGACGUGGAAAAAUGGCAGAUGAUCGGAAAGAUGAAGGAAAGGCGCCUCACUGGACCUCAGCUCAACUAACAGAGGCAUCUGCACACCCACAUCCACCUGAGAUUAAGGAUCAAGGCGGGGCAGGGGAAGGACUUGUCAGAAGUGCCAAUGGAUUCCCAUACAGGGAGGAUGAAGAGGGCGCCUUUGGAGAACAUGGGUCACAGAGCACCUAUUCAGAUACCAAAGAGAAUGGAAUCAACGGAGAGCUGACCUCAGCUGACAGAGAAACAGCAGAGGAGGUGUCUGCAAGGAUAGUACAAGUAGUCACGGCUGAGGCUGUAGCGGUCCUGAAAGGGGAACAAGAGAAAGAAGCUCAACAGAAAGAUCAGCCUGCAGCUCUGCCUUUAGCAGCUGAAGAGACAGCUAAUCUGCCUCCUUCUCCACCUCCAUCACCAGCCUCAGAACAGACCAUCGCAGUGGAAGAAGAAGAAGAAACGCUAGAGGGAACAGUGGCUGAGGAAGAGACACCUGCCACUCUUCCUGGGAAAGAGUGCGGGGCUGCCAAGGCCUCAGACCAACCCCAGGGCCUCAGUGAGGGCCACGCGGAGUCUAGUGUGGAGGCCCACAUAGCUCUUGAAGAGAGUGCCCCAGCAGGGGCCCUGCAGGAGAAAAGUGUAAAAGAGGUCACCGAGGUGUCUCCAGAAGUAACAAUCCCUUCCUCUGCCAGGGAAGGUUUACUUCCAGCCUCGAAGAUGGAGUUCCAUGAUCAACAGGACUUGACUCCCUCUCCAGCUGAGCCCUUAGACAAGAAGGACAAAGAGUCAGAGAAACAAAGUAAGCCUGGUGAAGACCUUAAACAUGCUGCCUUCGUUUCUCAGCCUGAGACAACUAAAAUUUUCCCUGACAAAAAGGACAUGCAAGGCCCAGAGGAAGAAAAAGCACCUCCCACUCUGUUUGGGCAUACUGUUGGUGCCGGGCUAGAAGACACGAAACAGAAGACAGAACCAAGCAUCGUAGUGCCUGGUAUUGGCCUCUCUGCAGAGCCCCCAGCUCCAAAAGAGCAAAAAGACUGGUUCAUCGAAAUGCCAACGGAAGCCAAAAAGGAUGAGUGGGGUUUAGCUGCUCCCAUCUCGCCUGGCCCUCUAACCCCCAUGAAGGGAAAAGAUGUCCUUGAGGAUAUCCCCAAAUGGGAGGGGAAACAGUUUGAUUCUCCCAUGCCCAGUCCCUUUCAGGCUGGCAGCUUCACUCUUCCUUUAGAUGUCAUGAAGAAUGAAAUAGUUGCAGAAGCAUCACCCUUUGUCCCUGCCCUAUUACAACCAGAUGACAAAAAAUCUCUGGAAGAAACCAGUGGCCCAGCAACUGCCAAAGAUAGUUCUAAAGCUGAAGAGCCCCGUAAGGAUAAACCUGGCAAAAUGGCAGAAGCGCCAGCCCUAGAGGCAUUCACCUUACCCAAAGAUGCCCACAUUCCGACCGUGGAGGAAUGUGUCCCAGAGAAAGUUUUAGGAGAGGAGAAAGGGGCAAUAAAGCAAGAGAGUGCACAGAAAAAAGAGCAGGAAGUGACACUUACUGAAAAGGAAUCUCUGCUAAAGCUUGAAGAAAAGACAACCAUUUCUGACAAAGAAGCCGUGCCAAAAGAGAGUGAGCCCCUGAAACUGACAGAUGGAGAAACAGGCAUAAUUCAGCCCUGCAUGGAGCAUACCCUCUCAAAAGAAGAGCAGAAAGUCCAAGAGCCUACCACAGAGCCAUUAAAACAGGACUCAUUCCCUGUCAGUUUGGAGCAAGCAGUGACAGACUCAGCCAUGACCUCUAAGACACUGGAGAAAGUCAUGACCGAACCAGUGGCAGUAAGUGAAAAGAGUGCAGCCCAGGACCUUUUUGAAGAAAAAGUUGCAGACAAAGAUAUUAAGAUGGAAGGGGUUGGGCCUGCAACAUCAGUGGAGCUUGACAUGCCGUUUUAUGAAGAUAAGUCAGGAAUGUCCAAGUAUUUUGAAACAUCCGCCUUGAAAGAAGAAGUGACCAAAAGCAUCCAGCCAGGCAGUGAUUACUAUGAACUCAGUGACACCAGAGAAAGUGUCCAAGAGUCUUUUGAUACCCUAUCUCCCGUGUGUAAAAACGGAGACAAGGGACUUGAGGCAGGUAAAGAACCCCAGCCCAGUGCUCCAGCACAAGAAACAGGGUACAGCACUCUUGCACAGAGUUAUCCGUCUGAUUUACCUGAAGAACCUAGUUCUCCUCAAGAAAGAAUGUUUACUAUUGACCCAAAAGUGUAUGGGGAGAAGCGGGAUCUCCACAGUAAGAAUAAGGAUGACUUGACGCUAAGCAGGAGUUUAGGACUCGGUGGGAGGUCUGCAAUAGAACAGCGAAGCAUGUCAAUCAAUUUGCCCAUGUCUUGCCUGGAUUCCAUAGCCCUUGGAUUUAACUUUGGUCGGGGACAUGAUCUCUCUCCUCUGGCUUCUGAUAUUCUAACCAACACUAGUGGAAGUAUGGAUGAAGGGGAUGAUUACCUUCCAGCCACAACACCUGCACUGGAGAAAGCCCCCUGUUUCCCAGUAGAAAGCAAAGAGGAAGACCAGACAGAGGGAGGAAAAGCCGCUGGAGAGGAAAGUACUCAAGUCGAGACCUCGUGUGAGUCACCUUUCUUAGCCAAAGAUUACUACAAAAAUGGUACUGUCAUGGCCCCUGACCUGCCGGAAAUGCUAGAUCUGGCAGGCACAAGGUCAAGAUUAGCUUCCGUGGGUGCAGAUGCUGAGGUUGCCAGGAGGAAGUCAGUCCCAUCAGAGACUGUGGUCGAGGAGAGUAGUACCGGCUUGCCCCCUGUCACUGAUGAAAACCACGUCAUUGUUAAAACAGACAGUCAGCUUGAGGACCUGGGUUACUGUGUGUUCAAUAAAUACACAGUCCCACUCCCAUCACCCGUUCAAGACAGUGAGAAUUUGUCAGGGGAGAGUGGUUCCUUUUAUGAAGGCACGGAAGAUAAAAUGCGAAGAGAUCUAGCCACAGACCUGUCCUUGAUUGAAGUAAAAUUGGCAGCUGCCGGAAGAGUCAAAGAUGAGUUCGGUGCUGAGAAAGAAGUACCCCCGCAUAUCUCUGGUGACAAAUCGGGACUGGGUAGGGAGUUUGAUCAGGAGAGGAAAGCUAAUGAUAAGCUGGAUACUGUUCUGGAAAAGAGUGAAGAACAUGCUGAUGCAAAAGAACAUGCCAAGGCAACAGAAGAGGCCAGUGAUGAAGUUGAAACAUUUGGCUUAGGAGUAACCUACGAGCACACUCCCACCAAAGAACUGACCGUUUCAAAAGACGCAUCACCUCCCGCAGCCGAGAGAGCUGAGAAAGGUCUUAGUUCAGUGCCAGAAGUAGCUGAGGUCGAACCAUCCAAAAAAGCUGAACCAGAACUGGAUUUUGUUGCAAUGAAAGCUGACCAGGGUCAAUUAGAUAUGAAAAUCAGUGACUUUGGACAGAUGGCCUCAGGGCUGGCGGUAGACGCUGGAAAGGCAACAGAGCUUAAGCUCGAGGCGACACAAGAUCUCCCCCCCUCAUCUGGAGCACCUCAGGAGGAAGACGCGUUUAUGAGUGUUGAGGCUGGCCACAUGAAAGAAGGCACUAAAGUCAGUGAGACAGAAAUCAAGGAGAAGGUAGCCAAGCCUGACUUGGUGCACCAGGAGGCUGUAGACAAGGAAGAGUCCUACGAGUCCAGUGGUGAGCAUGAGAGCCUCACCAUGGAGUCCUUGAAAGCUGAUGAGGGCAAGAAGGAAACAUCCCCAGAAUCCUCUCUAAUUCAAGACGAGAUUGCCAUCAAAUUGUCAGUGGAGAUACCGUGUGCACCUGCUGUCUCAGAGGCUGAUUUAGUCCCAGAUGAAAGAGCUGAUGUCCAGAUGGAAUUUAUUCAACAGCCGAAAGAAGAAAGCAAAGAAACCCCAGAUAUCUCUGUCACGCCCUCCGACGUCGCAGAGCCAUUGCCUGAAACCACCAGGGCUGAACCGGCAGAGGCUCAGAGUGAGGAAGAAGAGAUAGAAGCCCGGGGAGAAUAUGAUAAACUGCUCUUCCGCUCCGACACCCUUCAGAUUACUGACCUGGGCGUCCCAGGUGUCAGGGAGGAAUUUGUGGAGACCUGCCCUGGUGAGCACAAAGGAGUGAUCGAGUCCGUUGUGACCAUCGAGGAUGACUUUAUCACUGUGGUGCAAACCACAACGGAUGAAGGGGAGUCAGGUUCCCACAGCGUGCGUUUUGCAGCCCUGGAGCAGCCUGAGGUGGAGAGGAGACCAUCCCCCCACGCUGAAGAAGAGCUCGAAGUAGAAGAGGCAGCCGAAGCCCAGGCGGAACCCAAGGAUGGCUCCCCGGAGGCUCCCGCUUCCCCUGAGAGAGAAGAGGUUGCACUCUCAGAAUAUAAGACAGAAACCUAUGACGAUUAUAAAGACGAGACCACCAUUGAUGACUCCAUCAUGGAUGCUGACAGCCUCUGGGUGGACACUCAAGAUGAUGAUAGGAGCAUCAUGACAGAACAGUUAGAAACUAUUCCUAAAGAGGAGAAAGCUGAAAAGGAAGCUCGGAGACCAUCUCUUGAGAAACAUAGAAAAGAAAAGCCUUUUAAAACCGGGAGAGGCAGAAUUUCCACUCCUGAAAGAAAAAUAGCUAAAAAGGAACCUAGCACAGUCUCCAGAGAUGAAGUGAGAAGGAAAAAAGCAGUUUAUAAGAAGGCUGAACUUGCUAAAAAAACAGAGGUUCAGGCCCACUCUCCCUCCAGGAAAUUCAUUUUAAAACCUGCUAUCAAAUAUACUAGACCAACUCAUCUCUCCUGUGUUAAGCGGAAAACCACAGCAACAGGUGGUGAAUCAACUCAGGCUUCCAGUGUAUUUAAACAGGCAAAGGACAAAGUCUCUAAUUCUACCUUGUCAAAGAUUCCUGCCUUACAGGGUAGCUCAAAGUCCCCAAGAUGCAUCUCUGCUUGCCCUAGUACGUCUCAAAGGGCUUCAUUUUCUGACAGGUUUUCAAUACAGCCCACCUCAGCAGGCUCCACAGACCGUUUGCCAUACUCAGAAUCAGGGAACAAGGAUGGAGUAACCAAGAGCCCAGAAAAGCGCUCUUCUCUGCCCCGACCCUCCUCCAUUCUCCCUCCUCGUCGAGGUGUAUCAGGAGACAGAGAUGAGAAUUCCUUCUCUCUCAACAGUUCCAUCUCCUCUUCAGCACGGCGGACUACCAGGUCAGAGCCAAUUCGUAGAGCAGGAAAGAGUGGCACUUCCACACCCACUACCCCUGGAUCAACCGCCAUCACUCCUGGCACCCCACCAAGCUACUCCUCACGCACCCCAGGUACUCCUGGAACCCCGAGCUAUCCCAGGACCCCUCACACACCAGGAACCCCCAAAUCGGCCAUCUUGGUGCCCAGCGAGAAGAAAGUUGCCAUCAUACGUACGCCUCCAAAAUCUCCCGCUACUCCCAAGCAACUUCGGCUUAUUAACCAACCACUGCCAGACCUGAAGAAUGUCAAAUCCAAAAUCGGAUCGACAGACAACAUCAAAUACCAGCCUAAAGGGGGGCAGGUACAGAUUGUUACGAAGAAGAUAGACCUAAGCCAUGUGACAUCCAAAUGUGGCUCUCUGAAGAACAUCCGCCACAGGCCAGGCGGUGGGCGUGUGAAAAUUGAGAGUGUAAAACUGGAUUUCAAAGAAAAGGCCCAAGCUAAAGUCGGCUCACUUGACAAUGCUCACCACGUACCUGGAGGUGGUAACGUUAAGAUCGACAGCCAGAAGUUGAACUUCAGAGAGCAUGCAAAGGCCCGUGUGGACCACGGAGCUGAGAUCAUUACGCAAUCCCCAGGCAGAUCCAGCGUGGCGUCCCCCCGACGACUCAGCAAUGUCUCCUCUUCUGGAAGCAUCAACCUGCUCGAAUCCCCUCAGCUUGCCACUUUGGCCGAGGAUGUCACUGCGGCACUCGCUAAGCAGGGCUUGUGAAUAUUUCUCAUUUAGCAUUGAAGUAAUAAUAUUUAGGCAUGAGCUCUUGGCAGGAGUGGGCUCUGAGCAGGUGUUACAUUCAUUCUUUACAAACCAUAAAAUAAAUAAUCUCAUUCCCAAACUGUAGUUAUUGUUACAAUUUUAUAAAAAACAAUGAAUAGUAUAUGCAGAAAUUGACUUGAUUUCCAUUUGCAACAGGAAGACACUGGCUUUACAUGAGUACAAUUGGACAAUUAUUUUUGCUCUGCUCUGUUUUGCAUGGAGUAUUAUUAUUUUAAAAAUUGCAUUUUUACCUUUCAUGUGCCUGAAGGCUAUCCAUACAUUCUGAAAGGCCUUGUUGAAAUCCAAGCUGCUCAUUCCACUCUUCUGUUGCUGGGUGAAAAGAUAAAAGCUGCCCAUUUUAACUUAUUACAGGUUAAAUUAAAUCAAGGAGUCUGAUUGCAGGAAGGAAAGAGCAUGUAAGAAAUAAGGUUUUUUUUUUUUAAAGUGUUAUUUUGUAUAAAUGGGAAGAAAGAUUCAGUUAAGUUAUUAACAUUUGGGACCUGGAUAAUUAUAUCAGAGUAUAAGUCAAUCCAAUAAAUUAUUUAACUAAUUAAAAAUAGUUACGAAGCAUUUGAGCUGUGGUUGAGGAAGCGAUAUAAAAGUGCAUCUCUUAGGAAUGAAGCACUUUCAUUAGGAUGGACUCGUCUGAUUAGAAUGUCAGUUGAUCAGCUAGAUUUGUGUCCACACUACCAGUUUCACACUCCCUUUCCAUCUGUUUGAUACAGUAUUAUAGAUAUAAAUAUAUAUAUAUUUCUCUGUGGCCAUUUGUGAUACUUCCUCAUAUACUUGAAUAUUAUACUUCCUUAUUCACAGUAUCUGUGUCUCCUGCACCCUUUGGUGUUGCAAUUUUAGGUAUGUGAAAGUAGAUGUUAGCAGGGUUCUUUCCCUAUUUAAAAAAAAUACAUUAAAAAAGAACAAAAAGUUUUAGCAUGAAGUUGCUUCCUGUAACAACUCAGAGCUGUAACCCUGUUUUAGUGCCAGAUACAAGUCUCUCCCGUGAUGCUAGGAAAAUUUAUUUUUCUUUGCUUUCACCAACAUGGAGUUUGUGGGGGUGGGUCCAGUUAUACAUUAAAAGGGUUUACAGAUUGUUGGUUUAAGAUUUUGGAUUCAUCGCAUUUUGAAUUAUGGAAUAGUUUGGGUUUUAUUCCUGUAAUCAUUCAAGAAACAGACUUCUUAAGAUUUCUUUUUUUUUUUUUUUUUCCCUUUGCUAAAGUUGAAACUAACAGAGGGAGUUUGGGACAUGUUGCCCCACUCUUCCAAACAUUGCCUGCUAAUUGAAUUAUCUGAGAGAAAAUAUUUGGCUUCCUUACCCACAGUAAAGACCCUGAUCAAAAAGGACAAGUACACUCAUUUGAGAAGUUAUAGCCACACAACACUUGAGAUACAGAUAUCUAAAUCAGUUUUUCCGGGAUUCCAACAUUGCCCUCUGUGAAGGGACACUUUAUGACUUAGUAAUACUGGUGUGACUUAAUCUACAGUCUGGGAAAUCACCAAUUAAUUCCUCUCACAAAUCAUUCAUCUUAGACUUGUGAAAAGCAAUUAAAUAGUCAAUGGCCUGAAUAAGCAGUCAGUUACCAGUCUGGGUGAGUAUUUUUAGUAUUUUAUCUGUUCUUUUUCUUGCUCGGGGCUGAUAGGUUGGUUCUGAACCAUUAAAAGCAAAUAGUCUGAUAGGUGUCUGAUCCCCGUGAGUCGAAUCAAUUCCUGACUAUAUAGGAGGAAGUGAUGAGCAUGGAUGAGGCAACGAGGAAGUAUCUAGGAAACGAGUAGCAUCUAGGAAAGCAGCCAAGGGAUGCAAAGACAGAGACACGGGUGCCAUUUUGUGACCCACUGGAUAUUGCAACCAAUGUGACUUCCACCAAAAAAAAAAACCAAAAAAACAAAAAACAAAAACUGUAGGAGCAAAAACAUAGCACUCAUUCUCAACUAAUAGGUUUUGCAUAGGCAAACAUGUCUGAAAGUGUUGAUAAAUCAAUUCUUUUACACAACAGUCAAAAAAUUAGAAACUAUGGGAGUAUGACUAUGGAUGUGUCUAUUUUCUGCCUAAUAAUUGCUAUGAUGUGGAUUUGACCUAUCUGAGCAUUUUAUUCAUCAGCUUCCCUUGAAAUGCACUAGAAAAUCGCAGAAGAAAGAGUAGUUGUGUGGAGACCUAUGGUAUUUUCCUACAUGUUUGAUAGUGUUAGGUAGUGAUGAAAGCUCUCUAGAAAGAAGGAGUUAACAGCUGGUUAGAACAGUUUUAACCUACAAAAUAAGUAUUUUCUAUCAACUUGGUUUACAUUUUUUAUACAAGGUAAGAAUAAGUAAUUAUGCUUUACAUAUUAAAAUUCUGUUUCUUACAAAUACAUGCCCAAGAUACAGAUUAUAUAAAGCCCUAAGAUACUAGAUUUGGCAUUAAAACAAAUGUUUAUUUCAAAUCUCUGCAAAAUUAUAAUGAAUAAAUGCCCUUCCUUUGCACGGAAAUAUGAUUCUUUAUAAUGUUAACAAAAAGAAACUGAUAAUUUGUACCAAUAGAAGAGAGAAACACACAGGCUAAAUGUCUUCUUAUGGGGACAGGGGUUGGAACCUAUCUUGCCUUCACUCUCAAGAUUAACGACGCAAAUUAAGCUUUUUGAACACCACUCUUGUGGGGGUACCCAUACGCUGAUCUAGAAAUUAAAGCUUCAUAGUUCCAAUUCUAGAUCUAUUACUGCCAGUUUCUCUCUGGCUUUAGCCUUUGAGAACCUGUUUAAGGAUACAUAAGUAAUCCAGAGCUGUGAAGAGUUAAAAGGCCAGCUUCUUCAAUGAACUCACUCUCUCUGGGUCACCUGCAACCAAUAAUUGGGUACUUUAUAAUGACGCAGGAAAGAUCCGAGUGGAUGAUGAGUUUCAAAGGCCCUGUUCAUUUAGGAACCAACUCUCUCUGGAUUCUCCUGCUGAGUUCCAGCAGGGUGAUAGGCUGAAAUCCCACCCACAAGCAAGACACCUGUGUAACACCAACUCGGCAUGGCUGAAGAAGGCUGAAGAGAGAACAUUAAAUGGAAGAAUCUGCUGGUGAUAGCUGACCUCUACACAUUCAUACAGUAAGACAGCAGGAAAUAGGAUCAUCAGCCAAAUUAUAACAUCCAUGUCAAUAUUGUUAAAGAAAUAAUCUCAAAGCGGUUGAUUCCGACCUUGCUACAAUUACACUUUUUGUCCGAUUUUUCAUGCCACAAAAAUGAGGAAAAUAAACCAUUCAUGGUCUAAGUAGCCAAGAGGAAAAAAAAUAGAUUCAUGGCUUGGAAAGGCAAAGUCUAGGCAUUCCUUCCAAAACUGAUGUGUUAAAAUCAGCACUGAUGUUUGUUUUUUUACACCUAGGAUUUUUAGCCUGAGUGUGUAGGUUGAGGCCAAGUCCCUCUGCAGGAAAGAGCUUAUUUUUAAACUCACAAAAUGUCAAUCAUGAAAAUCUACUUCAACUUUAGCAAAAAGAAAAAAAAUCAACAAAAAGUAUACUCUGUAUGCUGGGAUUCCAAGGUUCCAACGUGCCGCUACAAAUCUCUAGGGGGUUUCUUUCUUCUGAUAAUUCUAGAGCCUGUUAUCAUAGAAAGGCAUUUCUUCAAUGGCUGGUUGUAGUUAGUUCAUGUUUUUCAAUCAAAAUUUGCAAAUGUAUUUGUUGCUGUAUAGUGAUUGUUUUGCAAAAUAAAAUUGCUUGUCACCUAA